GGCUGGAGCGAGGCGGCGGGAUGCAGCGCCCCGGGCCCUUCAGCACCCUCUACGGGCGGGUCCUGGCCCCACUGCCCGGGCGGGCCGGGGGCGCGGCCUCGGGCGGGGGCGGGAACAACUGGGGCCUCUCGGGCUCCCACGUGCAGUUGCCGGGGCGUGCACAUUCGGAGACCCGCGGCGACAAGGGAGGCUCGAGCGCGGGCGGCCCGGCCCCCUCCACGAUGUCCAAGGCCGAGGAGGCUAAGAAGCUGGCGAGCCACACGGCGGUGGAGAACCACGUGAAGAAUAACCAAGUGCUGGGAAUUGGAAGUGGUUCUACAAUUGUCCACGCUGUGCAGCGAAUAGCUGAAAGAGUGAAGCAAGAGAAUCUGGACCUCAUCUGCAUCCCCACAUCUUUCCAGGCCAGGCAGCUUAUCUUGCAGUAUGGCUUAACCUUCAGUGACCUGGAUCAACACCCAGAGAUUGACCUUGCCAUCGAUGGUGCUGAUGAAGUGGAUGCUGAGCUCAAUCUCAUCAAGGGUGGAGGAGGCUGCCUGACCCAGGAGAAGAUCGUGGCUGGUUAUGCAAGUCGCUUCAUCGUGAUCGCUGAUUUCAGGAAAGAUUCAAAGAACCUCGGGGAUCGGUGGCACAAGGGAAUUCCUAUUGAAGUCAUCCCAAUGGCCUAUGUCCCAGUGAGCCGAGCUGUGACCCAGAAGUUUGGGGGUGAGGUGGAACUUCGAAUGGCUGUCAACAAGGCAGGGCCCGUGGUGACGGAUAACGGGAAUUUUAUCCUGGACUGGAAGUUUGACCGGGUGCAUAAAUGGAGUGAAGUGAACACAGCUAUCAAAAUGACUCCAGGNGUGGUGGACACAGGCCUUUUCAUCAACAUGGCAGAGAGAGUCUACUUCGGGAUGCAGGAUGGCUCAGUGAACGUGAGGGAGAAGCCCUUCUAGCCCUGAGAGGAGCAGGGUGCUCACCUUGAGCCUCCAGCCCAGGCACAGUGGACAUGCCUCACAGGAGCCUUUGCCUUAAUGUACCUUCAUGUAGCUGUCCACAGUGCCAGAGUGGACGGCUGGCCAUGGGCGGGUGGGGGUUGUCAAAUCCAGUCUUAUGAAGUAUUGCUAUGUGUCUUUUUAAAAAGAAAUUUAAAUAUAUAUAUUUUUACUAUUAAAAUAUUCAGUUUUUUUAU